AUGCGCCUGGCCAGGAGGCACAGCGCCAGAGGCGACACAGUCCCCUCACUGCCCGCCCACCUCCGCCCAUGCCCCUACAUCUCCUUGGACACGCUCUCGCCCAGCACCAGGCGAGCAAGCGUGCGGCCCCUUGCUGCCGAUCCCCCCCACCCGACCCUGACGCCCGCUGCAGGUAGCCCACCCACCCUGCACACCCCACCCCCCUUCCCUUUCCUUUUUUCGCCUCCCUUGCCCCGAGACGCUGCGUGCGCCGCCCCGCCUUUUUCAACAAAGACUGCUGCCCUCAAGGGGGCACGUGGGAAGCAAGGGUGUGCGGGAAGGAGGGCAGACUCGAGCGAGGCGCGAACCCCGCCCCCCUCUCACUGCAGCUUGAUCUCCCGCAGCGCGGCGUGGUUGACGCGCACGGCGGGCCCCAUGCUGGAGCAGAGAGUGAGCGUCUUCCAGUAG